AAAUGCAGUAUAUGAAAAGGUCUUGAUGCAGAACUUUAUUAUGUGAGAAACGACCUUAUUAGUCACUACGCUCUGUCCUUUAACCUGUUAGUGCCCAGUGAGACAAAUUUCCUGCACUUCACUUGGUAUGCGAAGUCCAAGGUUGAAUAUAAACUGGGAUUCCAAGUAGAUAACUUUGUGGCUAUGGAGAUGCCCCAGGUCAACAUUUCUGUUCAGGGGGAAGUCCCACGUACUUUAUCAGUGUUUCGGGUCGAGCUUUCCUGUACUGGCAAAGUAGAUUCUGAAGUUAUGAUACUAAUGCAGCUCAACUUGACAGUAAAUUCUUCAAAAAAUUUUACAGUCUUAAAUUUUAAACGGAGGAAAAUGUGCUACAAAAAACUUGAAGAAGUAAAAACUUCAGCAUUGGACAAAAACACUAGCAGAACUAUUUAUGAUCCUGUACAUGCGGCUCCAACCACUUCUACACGUGUAUUUUAUAUCAGUGUAGGGGUUUGUUGUGCAGUAAUAUUUCUUGUAGCAAUAAUAUUAGCUGUUUUGCACCUUCAUAGUAUGAAAAGGAUUGAACUGGAUGACAGCGUCAGUGCCAGCAGCAGUUCCCAGGGGCUGUCUCAGCCCUCCACCCAGACAACUCAGUACCUGAGGGCCGACACACCCAACAACGCAGCUCCAGUCACCAGUUAUCCUACCUUGCGGAUAGAGAAGAACGACCUGAGAAGUGUCACUCUUUUGGAAGCCAAAGCCAAGGUGAAGGAUAUAGCAAUAUCCAGAGAGAGGAUAACACUAAAAGAUGUUCUCCAAGAAGGUACUUUUGGGCGUAUUUUCCAUGGGAUUUUGGUGGAUGAAAAAGAUCCAAAUAAAGAAAAGCAUACAUUUGUAAAAACGGUUAAAGAUCAUGCCUCCGAGAUCCAGGUGACCAUGAUGCUGACAGAAAGCUGUAAGCUGCGAGGUCUUCACCACAGAAAUCUUCUCCCUAUUACUCAUGUGUAUAUAGAAGAAGGAGAAAAGCCAAUGGUGAUGCUGCCUUAUAUGAAUUGGGGGAAUCUUAAAUUGUUUUUACGGCAAUGCAAAUUAGUAGAGGCCAAUAACCCACAGGCCAUCUCUCAGCAAGAUCUGGUACAUAUGGCCAUUCAGAUUGCCUGUGGAAUGAGCUACUUGGCAAGAAGGGAAGUCAUCCACAAAGACCUGGCUGCUAGGAACUGUGUCAUUGAUGACACACUUCAAGUUAAGAUCACAGACAAUGCCCUCUCUAGGGACUUGUUCCCUAUGGACUAUCACUGUCUGGGUGACAACGAAAACAGGCCAGUUCGAUGGAUGGCUCUUGAAAGUCUGGUUAAUAAUGAGUUCUCUAGCGCUAGUGACGUGUGGGCCUUUGGAGUGACACUGUGGGAGCUUAUGACUCUGGGCCAGACGCCCUACGUGGACAUUGACCCCUUUGAGAUGGCCGCAUACCUGAAAGAUGGUUACCGGAUAGCACAGCCAAUCAACUGUCCUGAUGAAUUAUUUGCUGUGAUGGCCUGUUGCUGGGCCUUAGAUCCAGAGGAGAGGCCCAAGUUUCAGCAGCUGGUCCAGUGUCUCACAGAGUUCCAUGCCGCCCUGGGAGCCUACGUCUGACUCCUCUCGGCUCCGCAGCCCCAGAGGACAGUUGCUGCUGUGGCUGUCUCCUGUGUAAUGCAGUGCCAGCAGAAGCACAUUUUCUUCCAGAGCACCAGGCCUUAGAAAUGCUUUCAGAAGCUGAACUUUUUAAAAGACAGAUAUAAUGAUCUGGAAUAUGUUUUAGGUAUCACUUUUAUUAAGUUGAAUUGAAAGGGAUUUUGUAAAUUUUGGGGGGCAAAAUUUUUUAAAAACAUAGUUACUUUGGACUAAGGGUGCAUUCUUAAUAAACAGUUUUUAAAAUUGUUUAGACACAGGUAUUUGGAAUAGCUGUCUUAGUGCCAACUGCUUUUUAUGUUUUUACUUCAUCCAGAUAAUGUAGGUGAUUUACCUUUAAAGUUGUUUUAAUAUUUUUUAUCACUACUCUUAGGAAUGGUUUGUGUUCAAGAUACAGUACUUAGGAAAGAGAAAGCAGCAUAAAAAGGUAUCUGAUUUACCUUGUACUUAGAAAAGGCAAUACUGGAGGGA